GCAGAGGGAGGAGCUCUGCUGCUGCGUUUGACAGCUGCGAAAUAGAAAAUGUAUAGCGCAUAGAAGGUCUGGGAAACCAUGCUGCUCCAAGGCAACCAUACUAUCACAAGGAAUGGGAUGCAGCAUGGACCUUUAUAGCCUGCGAAUGCCCUCGUAAAUUUGGGGCAAUCGGGAACACGAAAUACAAAAUAAGGGAAAUAAUUAGCUUUUAUUGUGCAGAUAAUCCUGGGAUUUUUUCGGGGUCAUGCACCGUGCGUUCUCGUUCCCGGUGACUGUGGAGCGCAGUCGGACCAAAGAGCGCCUGGAGGCGAGUCUGGCCGGGCUGUGUGAGCUGGAGCUCCGCAAGCAGAGGCAGGAGUGUCUCGUGCUGGGGGCGCUGGCUCUGGGAGACCCCCUGCCCCAGGACAGUUCCACGGGAGAGCUGGCUUGUUUCAGCAGCUGGGGGCAGGAAAACUUGACACUUAGGCGUCAGCUGAGUGCUCUCCAGAGUUCCCCAUGGGGCCUGAUGCAGGCGCUGGAACAGCAGGUGGGAGAACUGAGGAUCGACACAGACGAUGGCUCUUAUGAUGGCGCUCAAGGAGACACAGGCGACAGUCGGCCGAGUUCUGGUUUCUAUGAGUCGAGUGAGGGUCAGUCGCCAAAAGGAAGGUCUUGUUCCACCGAGCCUGCAGAGACUGUCUCGUCCUGGGCUUACACCAACGACAGGCCAAAGUCUGUGGGAGACCCCAUCAUGGUGAAUGUGGAAGUGGAUAUGCCAGUCCUGCGCACCACCCUUCCCCGCUCUUUCUCUGCCCCUUACCCGCCUCUGGAGGGCAUCGCUGAGGAGGGCACAGUAGUGGACACCUGGCAGUGGGACCCUAACGGAGCCAACCAAGCCUGGCAGCAGCAGUUUGAAGAAGACCAGGCCACUGAGGAGGACUACCAGCAGGCUUUGAGGGUAGAGAAUUACAUCCUAAGUCUCAUCCAUCGUAACACCCUCUCACCACGACCGUGUCAGCCUCGCACCACCCUGAGCCCCGACCCCCCAUAUUGCAGUGCCUCUGGACACAGCUCCCUACACAGGAGAACUCCUUCUCUUACGACAGAGCAACGCCUUCCUGACCCCCAUCUUCAGCCCCACAUUGACCUUUUGGCAAACCCUACGAGCCAGAACUGGGGUUGUGACCAGCUAGAGGGGGAGGCCUGUGGAGGAGAGACCCCAUCUUUGGAGGAGGACUGUUAUCUGGCUCUGCCCUACCCCCAGUCCAGGCCACACUCUCUGGCUGAGAGGCUACCAUCACCUCUGCCCUCCCUGGACCCCAACUGUGGUGUUGGGGCUCUUGACCUUUGCUGUGAACCCACAUCCCCCCAGCAUUAUCUACAUCCACAGCCCCCUAUUCAUCACAAGCACAAUUUAGUAAGUGCUCAGUAUAUCCCUGGACAAGCUUGCCAUGCCCCUGUGCGCUCCCCCAGACACUACAACCCUGAGCAACCUAAGCCCAACCGAGCUGUCGCCUCCCCUGAGCACCCCAAUUCCAAGUCUAGAACCUCUAAGAAGAACAACAAUGAGCGACAGAGAGCCAAGAAAUCAAGCGGAAAAACCAAUCGAUCCCACUCAGAAAACAGCCUCCUGAGCCAACGAGUGCUGCCUGAGCGCAGGUACAGCACCACUGAAAGGCACCAGAGCAGAGGAGAUCUUGCUCAGAGCCAAUGCCAGGUCACUGGACCGCAGGUGGGCAACAACGGCCACAGCCAACGCUGGUGCUCCAACCUGGAGCUCAGCCAGGACGAGGGGGAAAUCCGUGCAGUGCAGGCACCUAGACGACCACCCCGAAAAACUCGCCAUGGUCACUCAUGUCCCCAUUCGCAACCCCAGAACUACCACCAGCAGCAGCACACCGAACGCUGGCACCCAGACUUUCAGGAGAGAGCACCUCUCUGUCAGGGAGAGGAGGGCUACGCUGGUGCUGCCCCCGCCGAGUCCGAGUCCAGCAUGAGUGAGGUGUAUUCCCCAGCCUCCAGCUCACUGUCCAGUGACUCAGAUGAGAGUGGGGGGCUGGUAUGGCCUCAGCAGCUGCCACCACGCCUUGCCUCUACAUCCUCCUCAUCGUCACCUUCACCACAGGCCACUGCUAGUGCUCCCUCUCAACCAAAAGCCUUUGUCAAGAUCAAAGCCUCUCAUGCUCUCAAGAAGAAGAUCCUCAGAUUCCGCUCAGGGUCCCUCAAAGUCAUGACCACUGUAUGAGGACAUGAUCAAACCUGUUUUAAAUCUUUCCUACUGUGUUGUAAAGCCAUUCUCAGAGCAACAUUGUGGCUGCUACUUUUGGUCACAGUCAUAUGUUAACUAACCAAUCCAGUCUUUAUACUCUACCUACCUCUAAUUACAGUAUGUACUUAGUGAGAGAUGCUUACAUUAAUUGGCAUGAUUAAAGAUCUGCUAGAGAUCUCCUGUCUGUAGUAUCUGGUUGAAUUUAUCUUGUACCUGACGACCAUCAGACGCUAGACUAAUGAGCAUUAUCCUGCUCUAAUUGAUGAUAAUUGAUGUGAUGCCAAGUUACACUGUGUUGACAUGGACCGUACUGAAGCUACAUGACUGAAUACACUGCCAGUUUUUUCUCGAUGUCUCUUGGCCUUAAAGUUAAUUAAUCAUCAAUUUAUGGUUGAUUAAUUCCUAGUUGGCCAUACACAGGUCUACACAGCUGAUAUUAUGACAGUCUGACCAAUACAUUGUCAAAAGCUUCAAGUCUUGCUAAAUAUCAGAACUCUAGAAAUGAGAUUUUAUGGCACCGGCUUUUCUAAGAAAUUUGGGUAAAUUUGCUGAAAUUGGUUUCUUGUGAGUACGAUGUAAUUUGGUACUAAUCACAGGGAAUUUCCUCAAAAGAAAAGCUCAACUUAAACCCAAUAAAAUAUUUACUGAAUAGUCAAUUGAAUGUUAUUGGAAACUAAAAGUCUCAUCAUAUUAUUUGAACACUGUCCCCAUUUUCCCUCAGAUCAGUACCAAAUUACAUCGCUCUUUCCGGGAAAACAUCCGGAAAUGAUCUAGAAGUUAUUAGGAUUUGGAAAUUACAGAGCCAUCAAAUAAAGCAUUACUAAUGUGCGGUAAGACUUGAAGCUUUACGGCAGGGAGUUGUCCUGCUCUCAGCCAGCAUCCUAGAGAAAUAUCUCUCAUCAGUGCAGGAGUGGACAAAUGUGUAAUGGUCUACAAGUUUUCCCACAGUCUCAAACUUCAUAGCCUAAUUAUGCCUAAUCUUUGAGCAGGGAAUAGGUGUAUAUCCCGUUAUCGUUAUUGUUCAUCAUGCUCAGCUCUGCCUCCUUUAUAAAAUGUGGAUUCAUGCUCCAGCCAGCUGCUUUUGGGGCCACUGAGCACAAAUAAACAGACCUGUGAGCCAGGAAUGGGCUUUAGAGGCCAUAGUUAGGGACCAGUGUACAUGCAUGGAUAUACAGUAUGUUUAAGUGCACAAAUUCAUUGACACAGGGACACAGACUAACUCAUUCUUGUAAAUAUGUAUGUUUUUGUAUAUACCAUCAUGUGGCCUUGUUUGGAAUGAAUGUAGUUUUUAAAUAAAGCCAAUUUCACUCUUAA